GGAAAAAACUCUUUAAAGCACAAUACAUCUGUGCAUAAUUGUACCUGAGAAAUGGUUUGCUAUAAAGAACUCUCUGACCCCUCCCUGUUAGUUUUCUGUCAUGAGAAGACCCACUCACAUGCGGAGGACGAGCUCUUCAAGAAGCUCUUCAUCGGGUACAACAAGUGGUCCAGGCCCGUACCCAACAUCUCAGAUGUGGUCAUCGUCAAGUUCGGACUCUCCAUAGCACAGCUCAUUGAUGUGGACGAGAAGAAUCAGAUGAUGACCACCAACGUCUGGCUGAAACAGGAGUGGAAUGACUACAAGCUACGCUGGAGACCGUCUGACUACGACAACGUCACAUCCAUCAGAGUCCCGUCUGAACUCAUCUGGGUCCCAGACAUCGUCCUCUACAACAAUGCAGACGGUGAGUUCGCCGUGACCCACAUGACCAAGGCCCACCUGUUCUACAAUGGGAAGGUGCGCUGGGUUCCCCCGGCCAUCUAUAAGUCCUCCUGCUCUAUAGACGUUACCUUCUUCCCCUUCGACCAGCAAAACUGUAAGAUGAAGUUUGGUUCUUGGACCUACGACAAGGCUAAAAUAGACCUGGAACGCUUCGAGAACACUGUGGAUCUGAACAACUACUGGGAGAGUGGAGAGUGGGCCAUCAUCAAUGCAGUGGGAACAUACAACACCAAGAAGUACGACUGCUGUCAUGAGAUCUACCCUGAUAUCACCUACUUCUUCAUCAUCAGACGGCUGCCUCUCUUCUACACCAUCAACCUGAUCAUCCCCUGUCUGCUCAUCUCCUGUCUCACCGUCCUAGUCUUCUAUCUUCCCUCAGACUGUGGGGAGAAGAUCACUCUGUGUAUCUCCGUCCUCCUCUCCCUCACCGUCUUCCUGCUCCUCAUCACGGAGAUCAUCCCUUCCACCUCCUUGGUCAUCCCUCUGAUUGGAGAAUAUCUCCUCUUCACCAUGAUCUUCGUCACUCUCUCCAUCGUCAUCACCGUGUUUGUCCUCAACGUCCACCACCGCUCCCCGGGGACCCAUAAGAUGCCUCGCUGGGUCCACUCUGUCUUCCUGGACCUGAUCCCCAGGUGGCUGUUCAUGAGGCGGCCCGCGCCGGACGGACGGAGACGCAGGUUGUUGAUGCUCCAGCAGGGGGCAGCGGUGGCACGGCACCAGGGACGGACCAUCAACCCCAGACCAGCAGGCCUAGGCCUUCCUCCCUUCCUCAGCACCUCAGCCAGCUGGCUCCGGGACGGAGGAGGGACAACGGAGGACCUACAAAGACGGACACUUUGUUAUGAGGACCUUGAGCUGGGGGAGCUGACUUCUUACUUCUCCUUCCGUCCUCCGUCACCCAGACCUCCGGGCUCCACCCCUCCGCCCCAGCAGAACCAUCCACACCCAGGGGCAGGGCAGCCUCAUAACCGCCUGGAUGGAGGGGUUGAAGGAGGAGGUGGGGUGAAUAGAAGGGUUAACCCGACCCAGCGACCGGCUAACUUGGUGUCAGACUCUAGAGAGAUAGAGUUCCCUCUGUCUCCCAGUGUGAUACGUGCUCUGGAGGGACUGCACUAUAUCGCAGACCACCUGAGGGCAGAGGACGCAGACUUCAGUGUGAAGGAAGACUGGAAAUACGUUGCCAUGGUGAUCGACCGUAUCUUCCUGUGGAUGUUUAUCAUUGUGUGUCUCCUAGGAACCAUUGGACUCUUCCUUCCUCCCUGGCUGGCUGGCAUGAUAUAGGACCUGGACUCUUCCUCCCUCCCUGUCUGGCCAGCAUGAUAUAGGACCUGGACUCUUCCUCCCUUCCUGGCUGGCCAGCAUGAUAUAGGACCUAGACUCUUCCUCCCUCCCUGGCUGGCCAGCAUGAUAUAGGACCUGGGCAUUUCCUUCCUACCUGGCUGGCCAGCAUGAUAUAGGACCUGGACACUUCCUUCCUACCUGGCUGGCCAGCAUGAUAUAGGACCUGGACACUUCCUUCCUACCUGGCUGGCCAGCAUGAUAUAGGACCUAGACUCUUCCUCCCUCCCUGGCUGGCCAGCAUGAUAUAGGACCUGGACUCUUCCUUCCUACCUGGCUGGCCAGCAUGAUAUAGGACCUGGACACUUCCUCCCUCCCUGGCUGGCCAGCAUGAUAUAGGACCUGUACUCUUCCUCCCUCCCUGGCUGGCAUGAUAUAGGCCCUGGACUCUUCCUCCCUCCCUGGUUGGCUAGCAUGAUAUAGGACCUGGACUCUUCCUCCCUCCCUGGCUGGCUGGCAUGAUAUAGGCCCUGGACUCUUCCUCCCUCCCUGGCUGGCCAGCAUGAUAUAGGACCUGGACUCUUCCUCCCUCCCUGGCUAGCCAGUAUGAUAUAGGACCUGGACACUUCCUUCCUACCUGGCUGGCCAGCAUGAUAUAGGACCUGGACACGUCCUCCGUCCCUGGCUGGCCAGCAUGAUAUAGGACCUGGACUCUUCCUUCCUACCUGGCCAGCAUGAUAUAGGACCUGGACUCUUCCUCUACCUGGCCAGCAUGAUAUGGGACCUGGACUCUUCCUUCCUACCUGGCUGGCCAGCAUGAUAUAGGACCUGGACUCUUCCUUCCUUCCUACCUGGCCAGCAUGAUAUAGGACCUAGACUCUUCCUCCCUCCCUGGCUGGCCAGCAUGAUAUAGGACCUAGACACUUCCUCCCUGGCUGGCCAGCAUGACAUAGGACCUGGACACUUCCUCCCUCCCUGGCUGGCCAGCAUGAUAUAGGACCUGGACAUGUCCUCCCUCCCUGGCUAGCCAGCAUGAUAUAGGACCUGGACUCUUCCUCCCUGGCUGGCCAGCAUGAUAUAGGACCUGGUCUCUUCCUUCCUACCUGGCCAGCAUGAUAUAGGACCUGGACUCUUCCUCCCUAGCUGGCCAGCAUGAUAUAGGACCUGGACUCUUCCUUCCUACCUGGCCAGCAUGAUAUAGGACCUGGACUCUUCCUCUACCUGGCCAGCAUGAUAUGGGACCUGGACUCUUCCUUCCUACCUGGCUGGCCAGCAUGAUAUAGGACCUGGACUAUUCCUUCCUACCUGGCUGGCCAGCAUGAUAUAGGACCUGGACUCUUCCUUCCUACCUGGCUGGCCAGCAUGAUAUAGGACCUGGACUCUUCCUUCCGACCUGGCUGGCCAGCAUGAUUUAGGACCAGGGGUCUGGGCCUGAGAUCUACCAUGCCUGGCCGGCAUGAUUUAGGAUCUGGGGUCUGGGCCUGAGAUCUACCAUUCCUGGCACAAGACUGGCUGGCAUCACCUAGGGCCAGUAGACCUAACCUCUACCUUCUGCCCCCGGAGCAGGCUGGCACAGUGGAACUAGCACUACGACAACGGUGUGCAGUAACUUGAACCAGUAGGUUGUUUUUUUAGCAGAAAAUGGUAGUUUAGGAAGAUGAUGAACUGUUACGGAACAUCGUAUCCAGGCAGGCAGAAGACCGUCGGGCACAGCAACAAUAUCAAACACAUGCUGUUGUGGUAAUAAAUACUGUAUAAACAGAAACGCAUGUUUUGGGAAUUUGGGAGUCGAUAGGAAUGAAAAUGUCAGAUUUUAGUAAUUGAUUUAAAGUUUGCACCAAGAGUACUGAUUGAAGUCUUUACAUUGGCCUAACGUAAGACAAUGGGAACAUCCUACAAAAAAAAAACACCGAAAAAUGUUUGUUAAUAACAUUUACGACACAAAUUAUAAUUUUUGUAACGUUGGGACUAUAAAUAUUCUAUCGGCACAAAACUUAGUUCUGAGAUAUUGAGUAUUAAAGUUUUCACAGCCUCGAUCUCAGAAUUGUUUUGAUGUGAAUUCUUCUUUCAUAACCCAGUAAGGUCGUGACCUUAAAGGGAGCACAAGUACAGAGUAUCAAAAAUCCUGAGACAUUUGUAAAAACAGUUUUAUUAGGGGGGGUGCAAUCACAGGUAGAUAGAACCUUAUGGCUCUGAAAUGUCAAUCUGGGUUCAAUCUAAUACACAUCUAAGUUUUAAAGAAGACUGUAGCUAGUUGAAUACAUAGUUGAUAGAUGAAUACCCUAUUUAGAUAAAAUAGAGUCAGAACACCUUUCAUAAAAUGUAUUACGAUCAUUAGCGUACUUGUUGUCAUCACCGAACAGUGUGUUUUGUUGCUUGCGUUCCAUUAUUGUUGGCUAGACUAGCCUAGACCAUAUUUAGGAGGGGAUGGUAAAGACGUGUUCCGAUUGGUUCGCCUGUAUUGGUU